CCCGCGGGGCGGUGACUGCUGCGCGUCCUCCCUGAUUCUGGGGUUCACGCGAAUUUUCGCAGCUCUCGAGCAGGCGGGAGGCCGCCGGGCUCUGCCCGCAGGCGGCCAGCCCCUCCCGUAGCCGAGCAGAGCGAGGGCGAGCGCCCAGCCGACCGGGUCGCGCGAUGGCCGCGAACUAUUCCAGUACGAGUAACAGGAGAGAACAUGUCAAAACUACGACCAAGCCCCAGCCAGGCUUCUUGGAGCGGCUCAGCGAGACCUCGGGUGGGAUGUUUGUGGGGCUCAUGACCUUCCUGCUCUCCUUCUACCUAAUUUUCACCAAUGAGGGCCGCGCACUGAAGACAGCAACCUCCCUGGCCGAGGGGCUCUCGCUUGUUGUGUCCCCCGACAGCAUCCACAGUGUGGCUCCGGAGAAUGAGGGGAGGCUAGUGCACAUCAUCGGGGCCCUGCGGACGUCCAAGCUCUUGUCUGAUCCAAACUAUGGGGUCCACCUCCCGGCUGUGAAGCUGCGGCGGCACGUAGAGAUGUACCAGUGGGUAGAAACAGAGGAGUCCAGGGAGUACACGGAAGACGGGCAGGUGAAGACAGAGACAAGGUAUUCCUACAACACUGAAUGGAGGUCAGAAAUCGUCAACAGCAGAAACUUUGACCGAGAGAUCGGCCACAAGAACCCCAGCGCAAUGGCGGUGGAGUCCUUCACGGCAACAGCCCCCUUCGUGCAGAUUGGCAGGUUCUUCCUCUCAGCAGGCCUCAUUGACAAAGUAGACAACUUCAAACCACUGAGCCUGGCCAACCUGGACGACCCGCACGUGGACAUCAUUCGCAGGGGAGACUAUUUCUACCACAGCGAAAACCCCAAGUACCCAGAGGUUGGAGACGUGCGCGUGUCCUUUUCCUACGCGGGGCUGAGCGGCGACGACCCGGACCUGGGCCCGGCUCACGUGGUCACUGUGAUUGCCCGGCAGCGGGGUGACCAGCUGGUCCCCUACUCCACCAAGUCAGGGGACACCUUGCUUCUCCUGCACCACGGGGACUUCUCGGCAGAGGAGGUGUUUCAUAGAGAACGAAAGAGCAACUCCCUGAAGACAUGGGGCCUGCGGGCAGCUGGCUGGCUGGCCAUGUUUAUGGGCCUCAACCUCAUGACCAGGAUCGUCUAUACCCUGGUGGACUGGUUCCCCGUCUUCCGAGACCUGGUCGACAUCGGCCUGAAAGCCUUUGCCUUCUGUGUGGCCACCUCACUGACCUUGCUGACCGUGGCUGCUGGCUGGCUCUUCUACCGGCCCCUGUGCGCCCUCUUCAUCAGCUGCCUGGCCCUGGUGCCCAUCAUCAUUGCUCGGACACGGGUGCCAGCCAAAAAGCUGGAGUGAAACAGGCCCUGGCCCCCGCCCAAUACCCACAUGGUCCUCAGGAUCCAGCUCCCCCAGCCUCGCCCUCCCCUGCCCCUCACCCAAGCAUGAGUCCACGACAGUGCUGCUCUGCUCCUCAAGGGGUCAGACUUGGCAGUGUGCAUGGACGUCAGGUUUGGUGUUCAGCAGUUCACGUCUUCUUACCCGUGGGCAACUCUGGUGAGCCGAAGGCGUUCUCCUUGCUUCCUCCUCUCUUAGGACUGUGCGUAGCCAGCUCACAUGUUUGCUUAGCUGAUGUCUGUAGACAGUGAGGUGGUGACACUACACAGACCUGCUGCCUUAGCACUCACUGCCCCUCAUCCUUGGAGACAGGCACCAGGGCUCCAGCACGGCCACCUCCUGCUCCAUGGUUCCGCAGGGCCAGCCUCAUCAGGCACCUCCAAGCCGUGCUGGAGUGCCCGUCACACUGGCCUGCACCCCCUAACCAGGGUGCCACACACCCAGCCUGGGCAUAGAACCUGCCUUGGUACUUAGAAACACCACUUGUGUCAUGGCAAGGAAAAUUGGACGUCUGUUGGGCUUUACAUGUUAUCUUAUGGUUUGGCCAGAAACUUCAAGGGUAGGAUUUCCAAAGGUCCUGUUUGUUGUUUUCCUUUGUUACAUACUUCCAUGUAUGUAACAUAUUCUCCUACCUGAAGAGGGAUUUAUUGCAAAUCAGAUUGAAAGAAACAAAACACUGCUUGAAUGAUGAGCAGUUCAGACUGUUACAGAAAAACUUUUAAUCCAUCUGUUGAAGUCGAUUCAGGCUCGGAGAGUGUUAAACAAGAGUGUGACUCAGUGGUUUCACUUGGGGCCGUCUACUUGGGGCCAGUGGGAGGCUUGAGGAUACUUUUGAAGCCAGUGUCAGCCAAGGGAUUACACUCAGGGAGGAGAUGGGAGUUUGUAUGAGGUGGAGGAGGCAUUUGCUUUCAUCCUCUGGCAUCAGAAACUGUUGAUUUACUUGAAGAUGAAUUUUUUAGUCAGCCAUUAAAGGAAAAGGCUGGAAGCUUUCUGAUCCUAAGUGGACUCCCUCGUAGUGACCCCCACCAACCCAAAUCAGGAGUCGGAGGCCUGAGGCUUGUGUAGCUCUCAGGCCUCAUUCCUUUCAUGGUGGGGGGCGGGGGGGGGGGCUGGUGCCUGCCUCUGAGUGGCUUCUGUCACAUCCUGCGUCCACAGCUUCACUCCUACAUACCAUCUACCCACACUUCACUCCGUUCCUCUCACACUCGAUGAAAGAUCAAGUAUGUUGUCACCUUGAUGGUUUCAAAGAUCCUUCGUAUACCCUUUAUCUUGUUCCUUGGACUUGUUCGGCCUGGCUGGGAGUGGUGGCUUUAGCAAAUUAGUUGGUGGUUGAGUAAGUGAUUGAAACUCCUCAAACAAGCAGCCUCACAAUCUGUUAGCCUGGGAGGUCUGUGAUGUGACUGGAGAUUCUUUAUGCUGAAAACAGCCAGUCCCAGAGAUGACUUGUCUGGAUUUAAGAACUGAAAUAGUAUUCACUACUGCUUAUUACACAGCAGUUGUCACUGUAUCUCUCCGCUCUUAAAGGAUGCUUCUGGAAAACAGUACAACUAGGUAGUAGCUAAAUACAAAAUCUAUGGGAUUUGGUCUGUGUGACUUUUUCUAGUACAGAUUUUAAGUUACUACGAAUUUCAGUAGUGUUCUUCAAGAGCAAAAUAAUGUUAAGAAAUAUUUGAAAUCUUUGGGAAACCAUGAAAUUUGUAUUAUCUUUGUAUUUUUUAUAAAAAUUCAAAAUAAAUUUCAAAAGUAGCUUUUAUAAGA